AUGCUCAAUAUCCUCCGCCAUGCUCGUUGGAGAGCUCGGUUACUACAACGAUUCGCCUCCACAAGCUGCACGGUGGGCCACAGCGAAUUGGUCCUGCGCACCAACGAAAUUGCUCGAUUCGCCGACGGCUCAGCGGUAGUCGAAUGCGGUGAUAGCUCAGUUCUAGCAACGUGCGUCACAAAGUAUAUCCCAGACAUCGACCCCGGCGGUAUUCCGUUGAAUGUAGACUUCCAAAGAAGCGCCGCCGCCGUUGGCCGAAUCCCGACGAAUUAUUUGAGAAGGGAACUUGGGCAAAGCGAUGAAGACAUCCUCACCGGACGUGUUAUUGAUCGAGCAAUCAGACCGAUGAUCCAGUCAGGAUGGGUCUAUUCAACAAAUAUCAGCAUCAAACCACUGGCGCUAGAUGACGAGGGUGAUGGCGUGAUAUUGGGUCUGAAUGCUGCCGCUUGCGCAUUGAAUCUAUCGUCAGUACCUUUGAUAGGUCCGGUGGCUGGUGUGAGGGUCGGAAUGGUGGAUGGGAAGCUUCAACUCAAUCCAGCACGCGCAGCCAUUGAGGGGAUGAGCAUGGUUUUUGCCGGCACUCACGGUCGAAAAACGGUUAUGAUCGAGAUGGAGGGGCCACAGAUCCCAUCCUCUAUCCUCGAAGAAGCCUUUGACAUGGGCUUGGACGGUGUAGAAAAUGUGCUACAAGCCAUGGACAGGUUGCAAAAAGCACACGGAAAGCCGAAAACACCGAUUUCCGUCGACAAAGAACAGAUAAAGUUCAUGAAGCAAAUCGAGAAUCUGGCCGCGGAUCGGAUUGAGUACAUUCUGACAGAUCAAUCGCAUGAUAAGACAUCUCGCGAUCGAGCGAUCCGUGAAGUUGAAUUGGACGUUCUCUCGGCGAUGCCGGUCCGACCUCCUCCGCAUCUUUUUCAUAAAUAUGUAAAAACACGAUUAAGAGAAUUAUCGCUGCAAUCAGGGAUCCGUUGCGACGGCCGACGGCACCAGGAUUUCCGGCCAAUUUCGAUUCAGGUUGACGUCUACAAAAAAUUACACGGGUCAUCUCUGUUCCAAAGAGGACAAACGCAGGUGAUGUCGACGGUGACGUUUGACAGCCCGGCUUCCGCUUUUCACCCAGAUUCCGUUUCGCAAAUGCUCGGGGCGCAGCAGAGAAAGUCCUUCAUGCUGCAUUACGAGUUCCCCGGAUUCGCCACCAACGAAUUCAACAAGGGCAAGGGGACAAAUAGACGCGAGAUCGGACACGGAUUCUUGGCAGAAAAAUCGUUGAAACACGUGAUCCCUGAGGAAUUCCCAUACGCGAUCCGGGUAUCCAGUCAGGUCCUCGAAUCAAACGGCUCUUCAUCGAUGGCCAGCGCCUGCUCGGGAUCGUUGGCCCUUUAUGAUGCUGGCGUCGAGCUGAAGGCCCCGGUGGCCGGCGUUGCCAUUGGCCUUAUCACAGACUCUGCAAAACCGGAUGAUAAAUAUUUGUUACUCACCGACAUCCUGGGCAUAGAGGACUAUGCCGGGGAUAUGGACUUCAAAAUUGCCGGCACCUCCAAUGGGUUCACGGCCAUGCAAAUGGACAUCAAGGUUCCGGGGAUUACGAGGAAACAGUUGAGCGAGGCUGUCGAGAAGGGAAAACAAGGCGUCGAAUACGUGCUGGAUAAGAUGGCCGAAGUGCAGCCGAAACCCCGUGAAAAAUUCAAGGAAACAGUGCCGGUGAUCGAGACCAUGCAGCUGGAGCCCUACAAACGCGCCAUCAUCUUCAGAAACCAAGGAUUUGUGGCGAAAGCAAUCGAGGCGGAGACUAGAGUUCGAAUUUCGGCCGAUGAUGAUUCGCACAUUCAAUUGGUUGCUCCUUCAAGGGAAAGGUUGGAAAAGGCGAAAGAAAGACUUACAUCAUUAUUGGUCGAGACGAAAACGGAAGAUUACGAUUUCGGCAAAUUGUUGAAAGCGGAAGUGGUCGAGCUAGUCGAUCGUGGCCUUGUAAUACGGCUGCAGUCGGGUGGGCCCACCUAUCUGAUGCCGAACUCGCAAUUGAGUAGCACUCCGAUCAAGCACCCCUCGGCCACUGGAAUCAAGGUGGGCCAAAAAGUGACGGUGCAAUGGCUGGGCCGAGACCCUCGUACUGGCGCCGUCCGGUUCUCGAUGCGGAUGUCAAACGCCGAUCCCGCCAUCGCUCUAUCAAUGGAACCUCAGGCCAGCCCAGCAAAUUCUGAUAGCGCUAUGGAAGCAGAAAACCUACGGCUACAACAAGAAUUGAAACAGAGCCAGGCGGAAAUCUCUCGCCUUCGCAACCAGAACAAUCUCUACUUCCACAAGAUCAACCAAAUGAAGGCCAAAGAAGCCCAUACACAGGAAGAACUCGUAAAUCUAAGGAGGGCCCUGGAAUUUUAUCGUGACGCUGCGGAAAAGCAGUUAAAAGGUCAACCGGAUGAACCCCUAAGGAAGAGGCAGCGAUUGCACUUUGGAAGUAUUGAAAAUACGGAUGCCAUGCAACUGGAU